CCUUGUCCAUCCUCGUAUACAUUGAUCCUUCUAUAUAAAUCUCACAGAUCUCAAGUACAACACAACUAUUCUGUUUUUUGUUUAGAAUAUUCACAACCCAUCAAUUAUCAAAUAAUCAUGUUGAAGCACCAGCAAAACCAAUUUGUCAUAGUCACAUAUCCUUUACAAGGCCAUAUAAACCCUGCCUUCCAAUUCGCAGAGCGCCUCAUUCGCUUGGGAGUGCAUGUCACCUUCUUCACUGCUAUUGGCGCCCACCAUCGAGGCAUGAUCAAAAGCCCUCCUCCUGACGGCUUGUCAUUCGCCACCUUCACUGAUGGCUAUGAUGAUGGAGUUGUACCUAUGGAAGAUGCCCAAAAACAAGGGGAUCAGAUCAAGUGCAAUGGCUCCAAAGCUCUCACUGACCUCAUUGUCUCCACCGCCAAUAAACAAUGCAUAGUCUAUACAACGUUUCUACCUUGGGUUGCUGACGUGGCUCGUGAGCUUCAUCUUCCUUCCGCCCUUCUUUGGAUUCAGCCUGCAAUGGUUUUUGACAUAUAUUACUACUACUACAAUGGUUUUGCCGAUGUUAUUGGGAACGACAGCGAUGACCGGCCCUCCUGUUCGAUACAGUUACCAGGUUUGCCAUUACUCACUACUCGUGACCUUCCCUCCUUCUUGCUUAAUUCAAACCCUUAUGCUUCUGCACCCGCUACAAUUCAAACCCAAUUUGAAGUGCUUGAAAAGGAGAGCAAUCCUAGAGUUCUUGUAAAUACUUUUGAUGAACUAGAGCCUGAGGCUUUAAAAGCACUUGAAAAACUUAAUUUGGUUGCAGUUGGACCGCUAGUUCCAUAUGCUAUUUUGGAUGGAAGAGAUCCGUCUAAUGGCUCCAAAAAUUACAUCAAAUGGCUCAACUCAAAGUCCAAAUCAUCGGUCAUUUAUGUUUCAUUUGGAAGCUUAUUGGUGUUAAAAAAGCAACAAAUGGAGGAAAUUGCACGCGGAUUGUUGGAUUUUGGGAGGCCCUUCUUGUGGGUCAUAAGAGCUAAGGAAAGUGGGGAAGAAGAGAAGUUGAGUUGUAGAGAGGAAUUGGAACAAAUGGGAAUGAUAGUGCCAUGGUGUUCCCAAGUGGAGGUUUUGUCACAUCCUUCACUAGGAUGCUUUGUGACACAUUGUGGGUGGAAUUCAACUUUGGAGAGUUUGGUUUUAGGGGUGCCAAUGGUAGCAUUUCCACAGUGGUCUGAUCAAGGGACAAAUGCGAAACUAAUUGAAGAUGUGUGGAAGACAGGAGUGAGGGUGACAGUGAAUAAGGAUGGGAUUGUUGAAGGUGAUGAGAUUAAGAGAUGCUUGGAACUGGUUGUGGGAGAUGGAGAAAGAAGGGAUGCAAUUAGAAGGAAUGCCAAGAAAUGGAAGGAGUUGGCUAUGGAGGCUACCAACGAAGUUGGUUCUUCUUCCCAUAUCAAUCUGAAAACUUUUGUGGAUGAGAUUGGUGAAGGUAACCUCGUUGUUAAAAGUGACAUGUAGGUUUGCUGAUGAAAUAAAAGAAGUGUUCUUUUAUUUCAUCACUCUCAUUGGCAAUGUUAUAGGCACUGAAUCUUGCUCUUGCAACUUGUUAUGAUGCUUCAAAUGUAAUUAUAGAAAGUGAUUCUAAGACGUGUAAAUUCACUCUCAGGGAUAGUAUUCAUUGGACACUAAAUCAUUUUGUAGUGGCUGUCCAUGUGGCAUGGUCCUCUCUGAUUUCAGUUUC